GCCAGAAAUUCACUCCCACACCAGACACGGCUUAGGUGCCUGCUGCUCCUGGUCUUCUCUCACUGUUCCACACUAAUCUUCCAGACGAGAUGCGUUUUGUGUUAAUGGCGUGCGUGGUGGCGUUGUUGGCGGUGGGGAGCCAGGGCCAGAGGCCGAGGUUCAGGAUACCGUCGCGGCUGGAGCUGGAGGUGGCCCUCAAUAACCCAGACACCGUCGACAAAGCCCUGGCCUGCAUCGAGGGGCGGCCAUGCGACCUGCCAGAGACCUACGCACCGCUCCUACGCAACGUGGGUCCAGAGCUAAUUAUUCGACGAGAGUGUCCAAGACGACUCUGUACCCCAGAGCAAGCUAAGGAGGCCAAGUGGCUUAUCGUCCAGAUCCAGAAGAGAUACCCGAGGAAAUUUUACAACACUAUCAACAGACUAGCCUCGAGGAAUCCCUAUUUUAGAAAAUAAUGUGGAAUAUUUAUUGAUUACCCCCUCUGUUAAUUUAUAAGGUAGCCUGUAGACAUUAGGGACAUUGUGUAUCAGAGACUGUACAAUGAAUGGGGGGAAAGGGAGAAUUAAUCCCCUUAGGGGAGCCAACAAUUGUGGUGGGGGGAGGGGGGGGGGCAAUUACC